AUGGAAGGUGGAGAGUGGAGGGAUAGCAUAAUAAACCAAUUAAGGACUCGAAACAAAAGAGAAACAUCUGCGUUUCAAGAUAUUUUUACAUUUCAAAGCAGAUUGUUUGACAAUGUUAAUACACUUAAAAAUGAAAAUUUGCAACUUACUCUGUUAAAUGAAAGAAUAAGAUAUUCUAAUACAGAGAGUGUGUCAUCUGCAGGAGGAAUAGGGGUUGCAAAUGAAAGAAUUCAAACAUUAGAACAAAAAGUAUUAAUCCAGCAAGAAGAAUUAACAUCUCUCCAUAGACGUAGAGGAGAAAGUGCACAACAGAUUAUAAAUCUAAAUGCAAAAGUGCAUGACUUAGAGAAAAGUCUACAGGCGAAAGAUGUUAUAAUUUCAGAAAACACAGCACUUUUAGCAUCGCUCAGAGCAGAAAUUCAAAUGUAUGAAAAUAAUAUGACAGAACUACAAGGUCUCAACCAAGUCUUGAGGGAUGAGCAUCAAGCAUUACAGAUUGCUUUUGCAGCUAUUGAAGACAAGUUACGGAAAGCACAGGACGAAAACCGGUCGCUGGUUGAACGAUUAAUAAAGUACAAAGCGAAAGAUGCGGAUAAAAUGAAUGAAGAAAAUGAACACUUCUUAAAAAAAAAGAGCGAUAAAGUAAAAAAAGAAUUAGAGGAGGCGGCGAGAGAGGGCGGUAGUAGAAGUAGUGGCGGCUCAGGGGGUAGCGCUGAUGAUAAGAUAAUGGAUUCGAUGCCCUACUACGCGACGAGUCUUCCCAGCAAAGUGGCUUUGAGAUUCGAUGCUCAUGACGGUGAAGUGAAUGCAGUAAAAUGGAGUCCGACUGAUAGAAUAGUGGCCACAGGGGGCGCUGAUAGAAAAGUUAAAUUAUGGGACGUGUCUAAAUUAGGCACGGCGGAAGGCAGAGGCGCUCUAGUCGGUUCAAAUGCUGGAGUUAUGUCCGUCGAUUUUGAUUCUACGGGAGCCUUCAUCGUUGGAGCAUCCAAUGACUUCGCCAGUAGGGUGUGGACUGUUGGAGACCAGCGGCUAAGGCGAAAUUUCUCUCAUCACGUCGCGAUACCGGGCUAUCAAACGGUGGAAUCGGACGCCGCUAAUUCCACUGAACUGCUGUGUAUUUAA